UCAGGGUGUAUUUUAUUGCCAUAUUUACUCAAUAUAGAAGAAAAGGGCAUUCCAUGGUAUUUACGGUAUGUUGUUUUUAGCUAUGGUACGGUAAUUUAAAAAAUAAAAUAAAAAUGUGCUGCGCCUCUCCUUCAGUCUUUACGGCCUUGAUGUAGCUCAUGUGUCCGGAAGUAGCUCCGGUUGUUCGGCUUCGGGUUUUUGACAGAAAAAAAGCUCCAGAGAAGAAGCUGAAGAGUUGUAAAAGUUCGGUCCGGCUGGUGUGACGGGGGCCGGGCGGGGUGAUCCGGUGACCCCCCCAUCGGGGCUAAAUCAUGGGCCUCCUCGCGAGGGUACGGAAGGAGUGGUUCAUCAUCGGGAUCGUGCUGGUCAUCUUAUCGGCCAAGCUGCAGCCCAGCGUCGGUGUCAGAGGAGGGCCGUUAAAGCCGGAGAUCACCAUCGCGUAUGUUGCCGUCUCGCUCAUUUUUUUCAACAGCGGCCUGUCCCUGAAAACGGAGGAGUUGACCAGCGCGCUGCUCCACGUUCGGCUCCACCUGUUCGUCCAGUCCUUCACGCUCGUCUUUUUCCCGCUGGUCGUCUGGCUGCUGCUCAGAGUGCUCGCGCUCACCGCCAUCGACCAAUGGCUGCUCAGAGGGUAGGGGCGUGUGUGUGUGUG